UUACAAGAGCAUUCAUUCACCAAAGACUAAACCUUGAUCUUUUUCUAGAAUAACCGCGUGAGCCGCAAGAUCCAGAUAGUCUGUUCGAUUAUUCACGGCGCGCGGAGCGGAAAGAGACGCUAGCCGCGUACAAAAGCGCCUGGUCUCACAUCGAGGGCAGCUAUCUUACCUUAUUGGUUCAGCCAGUGGCUCGGUUGUACCGCAGUUAGGAAGGCACCGCGGCGCGUGCAGUCGGUGCAGUCAUCGUCGUAUGACGCACGUCGUGUUAUGCAAUCCGUGUGUGUUUAUUGUACGCUCAAUUUCCAGUCGUGCGUUUCGUCUUUCCUCCCACGUGCUUGCCACGCUUUCCAUUUCGGGCAGGGAUUUUCACGACGUCCACCUUGCACCCAUGAUCGGUCGUGUGUGUAUCGCCGGCCGAGCUCGGGUUUCGCAACGCGAUAGGAAAGCUCAAGACCAGAUGGAUCAUCUCUGGGAAACGCAUGGCCGUCGAUUAAGCGAGGCUGGCCUGCGCAGAGGAUCAGAUAACAGCGUGGUCCUGACCGAGGAUACGGACAGCUUCAUAAUAGGAGAUCGAGUAUGGGUCGGUGGAACGAAACCAGGCUCCAUUGCCUACAUCGGGGAGACCCAGUUCGCCCCUGGAGACUGGGCCGGAGUGGUCCUGGAUGAACCGAUUGGCAAGAACGACGGAUCCGUGGCCGGAUGCCGAUAUUUCCAAUGCGAACCGAAGAGAGGAAUCUUCUCGCGAUUGACCAGGUUGACCAGAACACCGUUGACAGACGAGGCUGCUAUCUCGAUGAUGCAGAAGACACCGACCACGCCGCCUGACAGUGCAAGAGGAAGCCUCUGCAAGUCCAUGUCUCCAUCUCUGAACGCAUCAACGACGAGUCUGUCGUCCACGAUGUCGCAGAGGGAUCUCAGGAUAGGUGACAGGGUAAUAGUAUCGUCCAGCCAAGGCAGCAAAACCGGUGUCCUCAGGUACAUCGGCACGACAGAGUUUGCAUCCGGGGAAUGGUGCGGCGUGGAACUAGACGAGCCGAUUGGGAAGAACGACGGCUCCGUCGGCGACAAGAGGUACUUCGAGUGCCGACCUAGAUACGGCCUGUUUGCACCCGUGCACAAGAUCAGCCGGUCGCCGUCCAGCAGAAGGACAGCGUGCAUGGUACACAAGCCAUCCGGCGCCGCCCUGAACACGUCCCUGAGGAAGACCGGUUCCAGAGAGUCGUUGGUCUCGGUAUCGAGCAUCAUCAGCACCACGAGCACAGCUACCAGGGCUAGUGUUGGCGCCGCGAGGAGGCCUGGUUUGCGCACGUCGACACCUGCACGAAUUACCCUGCAGGAAACAUUAAAGGAAAAGCAACAGGAAAUAGAGAUUCUGCGAAGAGAAAGAGAUUUAGAACGUGAGCGAAUUACGAAAGCCGCAAAUCAAGCAGAUCAGGCAGAACAAUCGUUCAUCUCGAUAGUAAAGGAAUAUGAGCAGUAUCGAGAGAAAAUGCAGAAGACAGUUACCGAAGCGGAGGUUGCUUUCUCAAAAUUACUCGAAGAGAAAAAUGCACUUGCUUUGCAACUGGAAGAGGAGAAGAGGAAGUGCGAAGAUCUCCUGUUUCGUUUUGAAGAAGAAUCAGUUAACAAGGACGACAUUCAGAAAGAGAGAAGUGAGCAAUGUGUAAUAAAUACUGAGUAUGAAAACAGGAUCAAAGAUCUCGAAAAGCAAUUAAUGGAGGAAAGAGAACGUGUUGCGCAACUCGAACAUGAUAGCAUAAAAUUAUUCGAAACUGAAGAGGAACUGGCACGUCUUCAUAAUGAAGUCUCUAAUGCUGCUACUCAAGAAAAACAUCAACUUGAAGAUUUAUUGAGCCAAAAUAAAAUUUUGGAGGAAAGCAAAAAUAAUCUUGAAAAAGAGGUACAAGAGAAAGGAAUGCUUAUGGAACAAUAUAUAACUCAAAUAAAAGAACUGGAAUUAAAACUAAACGAAAAUCAGCAAGAAAGGGAAAAUCGUAAAGAAUCAGAAAUUAGUUUACAAACUGAAAUAAACCAUGCAAUGAAAGAUUUACAGGAGAAGAAUAUAUUGAUAGAGGACAUGAAAAAAGAAUUUGAAAACAGUACAAAUGCUUUGAAAGAGCAGUUACAAAAGACAGCAGAAAUGAUAGAAAAUACACAAAAAGAAAGUACAACUGAAAAAGAAUUAUUAAUAUCUAAGUAUGAAAAGAUGGUUGAAGAAAAAGAAAAUCUUUUGAAAAUAAAGAUGGAAGAAGUAGAGUUAGAAUCAAAAAAGCAGUUAGAAAUACAAAAUGUUGCUUUUGAGAAUCUCAAGAGUGAAAAUAUAGAGCAAAUUAAUAAACUUUCGGAGUCUUUUGAUGAACAGCUAAAGGUAAAAAAUACAAAGAUUGAAGAAGUUUCUGUUCAACUUCAACAAAAGGCAUCUGAAAUUGAAAAACUGAUGGCUGAAUUAUCCACACAAAUUGAUAUAAGUAAAAAGAAAGACGAAGAAUUAUCCGUCGCUUUAAAGAAACUCGAAGAAGUAAACGAAAAACUCAAAUUAAUGGAAGAAAAGAAUGUCUUACUUUCUGAGCAGAUACAAAAUUAUCAAACAAAGGCUAAGGACAGUCUCAAAAUAGUUCAGGAGAAGGAAAAAUUAGAGCACGACAUUGCUUCGUUAAUGGCUACUGAGACUAAUUCUUCUGCACAAUUGAGAAAAUUAAGUAAAGAGUUGGAAGUGAAAGAAAAAGAAUUGUCAGAACUUCGUACAUCAACGGCAGCUGAAAUAGAAGAAUUAACGAAACGUUAUCAAGACCAGAUUGAAGAGAAAGCAAAAUGUAUAGAAGAAGCAAAUGCUUAUAUAUCUCAGAAAUCUUUACUGCUUAAUAAAUUGGAAAAUGAUGUACUGGAACUGAAAUCAAUUCUUGCAAAUAAAGAUGAAGAAAUAAAAAAUCUUACACAAAAGACUUUAGAAUUACAAGAUGCUCUUGCGUUAGUGGAGCAAAGUAAAAUAAAUCUAGAGAAUGAUCUUCGUGGGUUUGAAAGUAACACAGAAAAAUUAAAUCAACAAGUUGCUGGAACAGAAAAUAAAUUGUUGCAAGUUACUGCUCAAAAAGAAAAAUUGGAAAUGGAUAUUGCCAAUCUAAUAAGUAGUUCCGCUAAUUCGUCGGAGCAGCUUAUGAAAUAUAACGAGGAUUUACGAAUGAAAGAAAAGGAACUCGAUGAAUUUAAAGAUAAAAUAUUCAAAAGUGAAUCUAUGCUGAAAUCAUUAGAAUCAAAAUUGAAUAAUACAGAAGUGGAAUUGAACAAAGCUAAUACACUAGUUCAUGAACAACGUUCAGAAUUAGAAAGUAGUACAUCUGAAUUAGAAAAAGAAAAAAAAAUAAAUACAGAAUUAUCUUUAAAAAUAAAGGAAUUUGAAACAAAAAAUAUGGAACUUGAAGAACAAAUAAAAGAAAAUGUCUCUAUUAAAGAAGAACUUAAAGACAAGUCUCAGGAAUCAUUAAAGCUUUUAAGUGAAUCAAAAAAUUACAAAGAAGAGAUAUUUAAUUUACAAAAACAGUGUGAAGCUUUACAAAAUUCAAAUAAAGAGCAAAUAUCUUUUCUUGAAAAAGAGAUUAGUGACUUAAAAACGCAAUUAAUUACUUCUCAAGAAGAAAUAAAGACUUUACAAAAAAUAAAAUCUAAAUUAGAAGCAGAUCAAAGCGGUAAUCGCUGGACAAUUGAAGAAUUGACAGAGAAACUCGAAGUCGAAGUAACAAAUCGAUCGAAGUUAGAAUCACUAAUAGCAGAAAAAGAUUCUAAUCUACUUGAACUACAAAGUAUCCAUGAAAAGUUACAAAAAUCGAUCGAGGUUUCUGUAGCUAGUGAGGAAGCUACUAAUAAAAAUCUCACAACAUUAUUAAAUACUAAGUCCUAUGAAUUAAAAGAAUUAGAAGACAAACUAAUUGCUGCUACUGAAAUGAUUAAACUUAAAGAAGAUGCACUUAUCCAAAUGAGAAAGGAAGCUGAACAAACUGAUUCACAAAUUGUGAAACUCAAUGAUACUGUUGUAUCUAUACAAAAGGAACAAACCGAUAAAGAAAUGGAAUUAAAAAGAAUACAAGAGACGCUAGUAGAAAAAGAAAGAGAAAUAUCUAAUGCUAUAGAAAGAAAGAUUUCUUUAGAAAAUAAUGUAAAAGUUUUAGAAUCAAAAUUAGAGGAAAAUGUGAAAACUUUAGAAUCACAAUUGAAAACUGUACAAGACGAAUUAGAUAUAAAAACGAAUAUGCUUCAAGAGAUGGAACAUAUGAUGAAAGAAUUGAAAAGUUCCAAAGAAGAAUCCGUAAUGAAACUACAAAGCACUUUAGAAUGUGAAAUCAAAGCUAAACAAUCUGAGCUUGUAUCUGUAAUGCAGAAAAAUUCUGAAUUAGAAAGGAAGCAACAAUCGCUUCAAAACACGGUAGAGGAACAAGUUAAUAAUUUGAAUAAUAAAGAAAUAACAAUCAAUAAAUUGAUAGCCCAAAUUGAGGCCAUAGAAGAUGCACAAACGAAGAAAUUAAAAAUGGAUGAACAAGCGCAAAAUGAGGAAAUUAAACUUAUGCAAAGUAAAUUAAAUGAGAAAAUUAAAGAAAACAGAAAUUUAGUUGACACUAAAGAAUCUCUUGAAAAAUUACUAAAGGAACAGGAACAAAAAAUUGAAAUGCUGACAAAUACUAUAAAAACAAAAGAAAAAGAAACUGAAAGAAAUAUUCAAAAUUUAGUAGAAAAAUUAAAUCUUAUAUCCACGGAAUCUGCACAAUUAAAAGAAGCACAAAAUAAUUUGGAAAAGGAAAAUAAACAGAUUACCGCUAAAUGGACGGAAGCAACGAAUGAGUUAAAACUAACUCGUGAAAACAUAAAGAAUAAUUAUGAUGCAGCUGGAGGUGAUAUGAAACAACAUAUAGUUGAUAAGGAUAUUGAUAUCUUAAAAUUAAAAGAAGAAAAUGAAACAGCAAAAAGCCAAAUAGAUUUUUUAAAUUCCGUAAUAGUGGAUAUGCAACGUAAAAACGAAGCCUUACUAUGUAAAGUCGAAGUUCUGGAAAUGGGAAUACCUGCCAAUGAAGCUGAUGAGUAUACUCAAUCCACAUUAGAUAAACGUAAAAAAAUGACUGCGCCACGUAUGUUCUGUGAUAUUUGUGAUCAAUUUGAUUUACAUGAAACGGAAGAUUGUCCACGACAAGCUCAAGACUUCUUAGAUAUGGAAAAGGUCGUAAAAACUCCGAAAAAAGUACCGGUAGAAAGACCAUACUGUAAAAACUGUGAAAUGUUUGGACAUGACACUCUUGAUUGCGAUGAUGCUGAAACGUUUUAGUGAUAUGUUAUCAUUUGUAGACUUAAAUCACUGCUUUUCAAAGAUCCUAGAUACAAAAGAAAAGACCUGUUGAAAUUUUUUCAGAGUAUAGUUUUAUAUGAAACGAUUUAAUGCUACAAUUAUGUGCGUGUCUUCCUGCAUAAGGAUAUGCGUGUCCAUCCAAAAAUCAUCGUUAAUUCGAUGAUAUUCGUACUCCUCAUGUUAAAUUUAUAGUUUAAAAGUCUAUGUAUGUUCACCAAAAUGUUUUUAUGUGUAUAUUUAUUGAGCUUCCACGUGAUUUUUGAAGUACAAAGCCAUAUAACAGUUCUAUUAGGAACCAGAAUUACAACUAAGUUAUUUUAUGAUACAUUGCUGAAUUGUAUUAUAGAACAGGAGCAUAGUUUAUUUGCGUACUGAACAGUCAAACGCAUACCAUACGAGACUUAAAGUCAAAUGUAAUUAUGUACAUAAUAGCUAUUUAUGUCAACCUGUAAAUGUAUUUAAUAAUUUAUUUAGUGCUGAAGAACGUCGCACAUUCAGUAAUAGUUCCUUUAAUUGAACUCAACAA